UAUAUCGAUGGUUCUAUGUUCAUUCUAACGCAUUACUUUAGCACCGUUUCCAUUGGAUGCUUCUGUAUUUUUCCGCCGAUGGUGAUAUCAUACAGAAUAUCAGCCACGCUUGCCACUGAAUUACAGCUUGUCCUAUUUAGCCAUCUAACCACAAGGCAGUGGCAGAAAACAGUCGUCUCGUUCAGAGAGAGAGCGAGAGAGCUGUGAAAUGGGCAUAUAAACCUGUAUCAAGCAUAUUAUCUAAAUUGACAUUUAAAUACAUCGGAAUGGCUUGUAAUCCAUUACCAAAAAUCCACCCCACUAAACAGUAACUUAAUUACCGGUAUCGUAAUUUGACCGUAAUUAAAACCGAGCCUGUGGAGAUGGGAUUCCUCCACCAGCUACAUCUUCUGUUGUGGAAGAAUGUGUCUUUGAAGAGAAGAGGACCGUGGGUGUUGGCCUUUGAGAUCUUCAUCCCCCUGGUCCUUUUCUUCAUCCUGCUGGGCCUGCGCCAGAAGAAACCUGCCAUCCCUGUCAAGGAAGCCUUCUACAGCGCAGCACCCCUCACCUCAGCAGGCAUCAUCCCCAUCAUGCAGUCUCUGUGUCCCGACGGCCAGAGGGACGAGUUUGGCUUCCUGCAGUACAAGAACUCCACUGUGACCCAGUUGUUGGAGCGGAUCAGUGAUGUGGUGUUACAGAACCACCUGCUCACAGCAGACAGGCCAGGACUGGGCCAGGAGCUGGAGUCCCUGCAACAACACCUGGAGAGACUCAGCACGCCCACAGGGCCCUCCCCGCUGGACAACGGCUUCAACACCAGCCAAGGGUUCACCGUGGCCAGUAUGUUGAAGAACCAGUCUGUGUUCCGUCAGUUUCUGGUCAGGAAUCUGUCUCUCCCCAAUAACACGGCCAGCCUUCUGCUCUCCACUCCUGUCAACCUCAAAGAGGUCUUCAACAUGAUAUUUGGCCUGUACCCCAGAGCUGGAGGGGGGAGUAGUCAUGCUUCAGGUGGGGCAAAAGAGACCGCACAAACCCCUGCAGAGAAGAGCCUUCAACUGGAAGAGAAGCUUCUGGGAGCCAUGCAUAGUCUGGACGGAGGACUGAUCCACAAAGCUUUACGAGACCCAACCAAAGCAGCCCAUCGGCAGGGCCUACUCAAACUGAUGUCUCAGGCAUUAGGCCUAGCAGAAGGAGAGGCAGGCCAGAGAUACGAUCCCCAGGGACUGAAGGAGAUGGAGGGUGUUCUCCUGACUGGUGCCAUGUUGGAAAUGCUUACUUGUGGGGAGGAUGGGACUGGUGAGCUGAGCAAGAUCCUAUUGGUUCCUGAGAAGCAGCAGUCCCUGCUCCAGGCCUAUCGCAGCACAGUGUGUGGUGGCGGGGAGGGACAGAGGACUGAGCGCUUUGGAGAGAUGAGCCAGGAGCUGAGAGACCAGAUAGACACACAGAGCCUCGUUGACAAGCUGCGUCUGGAGAAGGUCAACUUCUCGGCUCCUCUGUCCCAGUCCCACCUGGGUGCUCUGCUGAAAGACCUGGCUGACGUGGAGAGGCUCUUCAGGGACGUGGACCUGCUGUCAGGCCUGGCUCGCCUGCUCCCUAAGGGGGCCUGUGCUGGGGGUCAUACGGCCCCUGGGGCCCCCGCCAACACCACCACCUCCUGGGCCCGCAACGCCACUACCUGGGGGCCCAACACCACUGAGACCCCUGGGGAGGAGGGAGGAGAGGAGGAGGGUGGAGGACGAGAGAAAGAGAAAGGGAAAGAGAAUCCUCAUUCACAGUUUUCUGCUUUUGUACAGCUGUGGGCAGGGCUGCAGCCUAUUCUGUGUGGGAACGAUAGGAUCAUUGAGCCUGAAGCGUUGAAGCAGGGGAAUAUGAGCUCUCUGGGUUUCACCAGUAAAGAGCAGCGCAAUCUGGGUUUACUCGUGCAUCUGAUGACUACAAAUCCCAAGAUCCUCUACUCUCCCGUUGGCUCACAGGUGGACAAAGUCAUUCAGAAGGCAAAUGAGACAUUUGCGUUUGUGGGGAACGUGACUCACUACGCCAGGGUGUGGCUCAACAUCUCUGCCCAGCUCAGGACCUACCUAGAGGAGGGCAAGCUGCACCACCAGCUGGCCUGGCUGCAGCUGUUGACCUCUAACUUGCGUGGUCACCCGGAGCUGCUGAAUGGGACGGACAGUGACCUGUUGCGUGGACUGCUGGAUGGCAACUACACCCUGUCCAACACCUCCACCCUGCUGGAACAGCUGGACACCAUUGACAACGCAGCCUGCGGCUGGACACACUUCAUGUCCAAGGUCAGUGUGGAUAUCUUCAAGGGUUUCCCUGAUGAAGACAGCAUCGUCAACUAUACCCUGAACCAAGCCUACCACGAUAACAUCUCAGUAUUUGCCAGUGUGAUAUUCCAGACCAACAGAGAUGGCUCCCUGCCUCCUCAUGUCCUCUAUAAGAUCAGACAGAACUCCAGCUUCACAGAGAAAACCAACGAGAUCCGCCGGGCCUACUGGCGCCCGGGGCCCAACACAGGGGGAAAGUUCUACUUUCUCUAUGGCUUUGUGUGGAUCCAGGAUAUGAUAGAGAGAGCCAUCAUUAACACGUUUGUGGGUCAUGACGUGGUGGAGCCUGGGAACUAUGUUCAGAUGUUCCCCUACCCCUGCUACACCAGAGACGACUUCCUGUUUGUGAUCGAGCACAUGAUGCCUCUGUGCAUGGUGAUCUCCUGGGUGUACUCUGUAGCCAUGAUGAUCCAACACAUUGUGGCUGAGAAGGAGCACCGGCUCAAAGAGGUGAUGAAGAUGAUGGGCCUGAACAAUGCGGUCCACUGGGUGGCCUGGUUCAUCACUGGCUUCGUCCAGCUGUCCAUCUCAGUGACCGCCCUGACGGCCAUCUUGAAGUAUGGCAGAGUGCUCCUCCACAGUGACAUCCUCAUCAUCUGGCUCUUCCUCUCCAUCUACGCCAUCGCAACGAUCAUGUUCUGUUUCCUGGUGUCAGUGAUCUACUCCAAGGCCAAGCUGGCGUCUGCCUGUGGUGGGAUAAUCUACUUCCUCAGCUACGUCCCCUACAUGUACGUGGCCAUCAGGGAGGAGGUGGCCCAUGACAAGAUCACCGCCUUCGAAAAGUGCAUUGCUUCUCUGAUGUCGACCACAGCGUUCGGCCUGGGCUCUAAGUACUUUGCCCUGUAUGAGGUGUCAGGAGUUGGCAUCCAGUGGCGCACCAUCAACCAGUCGCCUGUAGAGGGCGAUGACUUUAACCUUGGUCUGUCCAUGAUGAUGCUCAUCAUCGAUGCCAGUGUGUAUGGAGUUCUCACCUGGUACAUAGAAGCUGUGCAUCCAGGGAUGUAUGGGCUGCCCCGGCCGUGGUACUUCCCGCUGCAGAAGUCCUAUUGGCUGGGCAGUGGGCGUGUGGAGACGUGGGAGUGGCCUUGGGGAGGAGCAGCCAGGCUGAGUGUCAUGGAAGAGGACCAGGCAUGUGCCAUGGAACACCGGCGAUGUGAGGAGAUGCGUGGUAUGGAAGAGGAACCCAGCCACCUGCCCCUGGUGGUGUGUAUAGACAAGCUGACCAAGGUGUACAAGACGGGCAAUAAGCUGGCCCUCAACAAGCUGAGCCUCAACCUUCAUGAGAACCAGGUGGUCUCCUUCCUGGGUCACAAUGGAGCCGGCAAGACAACCACCAUGUCUAUUCUGACAGGUCUGUUCCCGCCCACCUCGGGCUCAGCCACCAUCUACGGCCAUGACAUCCGUACUGACAUGGAGCGUAUCAGGCAGAACCUGGGCAUGUGUCCUCAGCACAACGUGCUCUUUGACAAGCUCAGUGUGGAGGAGCACCUGUGGUUCUACUCCAAACUCAAAGGCAUGGCCGAGGAGGACAUCCGCAAGGAGAUGGACAAGAUGAUCGAGGAUCUGGAGCUGAAUAAUAAACGCCACAGCCUGGUCCAGACUCUGUCUGGAGGAAUGAAACGGAAACUGUCUGUAGCCAUAGCGUUUGUGGGCGGCUCCCGGGCAGUCAUCCUGGAUGAGCCCACAGCAGGUGUCGACCCUUACGCACGCAGAGCCAUCUGGGACCUCAUCCUCAAGUACAAACAGGGCCGCACCAUCCUGCUGUCCACCCACCACAUGGAUGAGGCUGACCUGUUAGGAGACCGCAUAGCCAUCAUCUCCCAUGGGAAACUCAAGUGCUGCGGCUCCCCACUCUUUCUCAAGAGCACCUACGGAGAUGGCUACAAACUCACCCUGGUCAAGAAACAGAGUGAGAGCGGCGACCAGGUCACCGAGCCUCCAUUCUUCCUGUCUCCCUGCUCCUCCUCCUCCCUGUCUCCCUCCUCCUCCCUGUCCCCCUCCUCCCUGUCUCCCUGCUCGGAGGCCCGGGUCACCAAGUUCAUCCGUCAGUUCGUGGGGUCCUGUCUGCUGGUGUCUGACUCCAACACUGAGCUGUCCUAUGUGCUGCCUUCAGAGGCUGUCAAGAAGGGCUGCUUCGAGAGGCUCUUUCAGGCGUUAGAGCAGAGUCUGGACCUCCUGGCUCUGACCAGCUUCGGGGUGAUGGACACCACUCUGGAGGAGGUCUUCCUCAAGGUGUCAGAGGAGGACCAGUCCCUGGAGAACAGUGAUGCUGACAUGAAGGAUUCCCCGGGCGGUAGCUCAGUGGGGAAGCCUGCUGCUGCGGUGGUGGAUCUGGGGGCCCCUGGGCCGCAGGGUGAUGGCCCGGGGCCCGGGGGUCCUGCAGGAGGCAGCAGCAGUGUGCUGAGACCAGGGGUAGAGCUCAGUAACCUGCUAAACUGCUCCAGGCUCAGCCAGAGUCAGUCGUCCCUGCGCUCAUCCUCCUCCCUGGGGUCCGUGCGGGGGGACGAGGGGGGGCUCUACACAGACUUCUAUGGAGACUACUGCCCCCUCUUCGACAACGGACAAGACCCUGACUCUACCAGCCUGACGGCGGAAGCGGAUGAGACCUCUGGCCCUGAGCAGCCUGUGGUCCUGGAGGACCAGGGCAGCGUCAAGCUGGAGGGUUGGUGGCUGAAGCUACGUCAAUUCCAUGGCCUCAUCGUGAAGAGGUUCCACUGUGCCAAGAGGAACACCAAGGGUCUUUUCUCUCAGAUCCUGCUGCCUGCAUUCUUCGUCUGUGUGGCCAUGACCGUAGCCCUGUCGGUGCCUUCCAUCGGAGAUCUGCCACCAUUGGUCUUGUCUCCAUCCCAGUACCACAACUACACCCAGCCUCGUGGCAACUUCAUCCCCUACGCCAACGAAGAUCGCCCACAGUACAGCAGUAAACUGUCCCCAGACGCCAGCCCUCAGAAGAUCGCCAACACGCUCCGUCUGCCUUCUGGCGUGGGCGCCACCUGCGUCCUCAAAACGCCCUUCAACAGCACCCUGGACCAGCUGGCACAGACGCUCAACCCCAGUGCCAACAACUCCAAAACCCUAGCUGCCCGCUACUUUGACUCCAUGUGUCUGGAUUCCUUCACCCAGGGAGUGCCCCUGUCCAACUUCGUACCCCCUCCCCCCUCGCCAGCCCCCUCAGAUGACCCCGACCCUCGUUUUGAGGAUAGACUGUGGAACUUCACUGCUACCACUCUUACCACUGUACUGGAAACAGUGACCUCUCCUCCCACCUUGCCUCUGUCUAUCCGGGAGCCGGUUCGUUGUAUCUGCUCCAUGCAGGGGACGGGCUUCUCCUGCCCCAGUGGGGUCGGGGGGCGGCCACCCCUUAUGAAGGUGGUCACUGGGGACAUUCUGGUGGACAUCACCGGGCGCAACGUGUCAGAGUACCUCCUCUACACCUCUGACAGACUGCGCCUGCACAGAUAUGGAGGACUCACUGUAGGCAACAUACAGAAAUCAGUCCCAGCAUCCUUUGGGAAAAAUAAUCCGCCCAUGGUUCGCAAAAUAGCCGUGCGCAGAUCAGCUCAGGUGCUGUACAAUAAUAAAGGGUACCACAGCAUGCCAACCUAUCUCAAUGUCCUCAACAACGCCAUCCUGCGUGCCAACCUGCCUCCAGGCAAGGGCAACCCUGCUGCAUACGGAAUCACCCUGACCAACCACCCUAUGAACCGUACCAGUGCAAGGCUCUCUUUGGACUACCUGCUCCAGGGCACUGAUGUGGUGAUAGCCAUCUUCAUCAUCGUGGCCAUGUCCUUUGUACCAGCCAGCUUUGUGGUCUUCCUAGUGGCAGAAAAGUCUACCAAGGCGAAGCACCUGCAGUUUGUCUCUGGAUGUGACCCAGUCAUCUACUGGCUGGCCAACUACGUAUGGGACAUGCUGAACUACCUGGUGCCAGCCACGUGCUGUGUCCUUAUCCUGUUUGUCUUUGACCUUCCUGCGUACACAUCCCCAACCAACUUCCCCGCGGUCCUCUCUCUCUUCCUCCUCUACGGGUGGUCUAUAACUCCUGUCAUGUACCCUGCCUCCUUCUGGUUCGAGGUGCCCAGCACGGCCUAUGUGUUCCUCAUAGUCAUCAACCUCUUCAUAGGAAUCACUGCCACUGUAGCCACCUUCCUGCUGCAGCUCUUUGAACAUGACAAGGAUCUGAAACUGGUGAACAGCUACCUAAAGUCCUGUUUCCUUAUCUUCCCAAAUUACAACCUGGGUCACGGCCUGAUGGAAAUGGCCUACAACGAAUACAUCAAUGAGUACUAUGCUAAAAUAGGUCAGUUUGACAAGAUCAAGUCUCCAUUUGAGUGGGAUAUUGUGACUCGAGGGCUGGUUGCCAUGACAAUCGAGGGCUUUGUAGGCUUCUUCAUAACCAUCCUGUGCCAGUACAACUUCCUCAGGAAACCCUCGAGAGUACCAGUCAGCAGCCAGCCCAUAGAGGACGAUGAUGAGGAUGUGGCCUCUGAGAGAAGGAGAGUACUGAGAGGAGAAGCUGACAACGACAUGCUGAAGGUUGACAACCUCACCAAGGUGUACAAAUCGAGGAAGAUGGGGCGUAUCUUGGCUGUGGACCGGCUAUGUUUGGGCGUGCGUCCUGGGGAGUGUUUCGGCCUCCUGGGUGUGAACGGAGCAGGGAAGACCACCACCUUCAAGAUGCUGACUGGAGACGAGAGCACCACGGGAGGAGAGGCCUUCAUAGGGGGGAGCAGUAUCCUGAAGGAGCUGUUGAGGGUGCAGCAGAGCAUUGGCUACUGUCCUCAGUUUGACGCCCUGUUUGAAGACCUGACAGCCAGAGAGCACCUGGAGCUGUACACACGGCUCCGGGGCAUCCCCUGGAAGGACGAGGAAAGGGUGGUCUCAUGGGCCCUGGAGAAACUGGAGCUGUCCAAGUAUGCAGACAUGCCCGCUGGCACCUACAGUGGGGGAAACAAGCGCAAGCUGUCCACUGCCAUCGCCCUCAUCGGAUACCCCUCUCUCGUAUUCCUGGAUGAACCCACUACAGGGAUGGAUCCUAAGGCCCGCAGAUUCCUCUGGAACCUCAUCCUCGACAUCCUCAAGACGGGACGCUCUGUGGUGCUGACAUCACACAGUAUGGAGGAGUGUGAGGCUCUGUGCACCAGACUGGGCAUCAUGGUCAACGGCAGGUUCAAAUGCCUGGGUAGCAUCCAGCACCUCAAGAACAGGUUUGGUGAUGGUUAUAUGAUCACAGUCCGGACCAAGACCAGUUCCAGUGUGAAGGAGGUGGUGAGAUUCUUCAACAGGAAUUUCCCUGAGGCUGUACUAAAGGAGAGCCACCACACGAAGGUCCAGUUCCAGCUGAAGUCAGAGAGGAUCUCCCUGGCCCAGGUGUUCAGUAAGAUGGAGCAGGUGGUCGAGGUGCUGGGAAUAGACGACUACUCUGUCAGCCAGACCACACUGGACAACGUAUUUGUGAACUUUGCAAAGAAGCAGAGCGACAACCUGGAGCAGCAGGAGAGUUCGCCCCCUGGUGGAGGCCAGUCGCCACUGCAGCGCCUGCUAACCCUGCUCAGACCCCGGCUGGCCAACACGGAGCUCGAAGCCCUGGUCAGCGAAGAACCGGAGGAACUAGAGAGUGAUGACGAUGAGGGCCUCAUCAGCUUCGAGGAGGAGAGGGUGCAGCUCUCCUUUAACACAGAUACACUCUGUUGAACUGUGGAAGCUCAGAGAGCCUGGACAGACAAAGUGGGAGGAGGAACCUCAGAGAGGGGGUGUGAUUGGACAGACAAAGUGUAAGGAGGAAAUUCAUAGGGGGCAUGUCUAUAGACAAAUAUGGGAUGAGGAAAUAACAUGAACUAGUCAGACAGAGGAAGAGAAUGUACCUGUUCAUUUUGGAUUGGAAGACAACCGUCUCCAUCUACCCAGGGGAAAGUAAGAUAAGUGUUAUUUUUAUCCUCAAACACCUAACAGUGACAGAGACUGAGGCAUGGGACUCAGAGAAUGAGAUGCAGUGGGACAGAGAAGAGAAUGACAGAGAAAUGAAGCGAGCCUCUCAAAGCUGUCACAGAGUCAUCGGCCAUAGUUAAAGCCUGAAGUGUCCAUAAGACAAGGCCCCUGUCAUCAUGGGAAGCAUACUGAUACAGUGAGAAAGCUUGUAUUUUAAUAGAGAUAUGUUGUUAUAGGAAUGUCUAUAUGUAUUUAUUUUUGAGAAUGUAUUGAUAAAUGGGAACACUGAAAACCAAUGGGGUAUGUCUAGUAAGGACUAAAAUCACAAGGCUUGAUGUGGUAUUCAUGUUGCCUUCGCUAGUAGGUUGGCUUCAUUCAAUGUUGAUGAUGUCAGAAAAUAACAUAUCAUUGCUUCUGAUAUGACCACCUUACUGAGUUUAAUCUUUCCUCAGUUGUUUGACGCAGUGAAUUAGUGGUUCAUCGUUGGUCAAAUGUGUUCUGUCCCUGCCAAAGUACAAGGUUGUAUCCUUAAUGACACCCUAUUCUCUAUAUAGUGCACUACUUUUGAUUAGGGCCCCAUAAGGCUCUGUUCAAAACAAGUGCAUUAUGUACUGAAGGGUAUAGGGUGCUAAGGGUCCUGGUACAAAGUAAUGCACUAUAUAGGAUGUAGGGUGCCAUUUGGGACACAUUCCCAGUGUUCCUAUUCAACCAGAGAUGAUGCCCCCCCCUUUAAAAAAGUAAUUGACCUGCCUUGAGAGCAUGCUGUCAUGAAACCAGUCAAACCAGUGUUGUGUCAUACAUAUACAGUAUAUACAAUACCUAUAUUUUUCUGUGGCAAGAAGAAAGAUGUAUUUUAGAUAUUGAAAUGUAUAUGGGACAGAUCUGUGAUCGAUUUGGCAAUAAUUGUUUAUAGAGGGAAGUAAAUGACCUUUGGAAAAAGCGGCAAGUUUUGACAUGAGUCCUGAAUCGUUGGCCUUUUAUUUGAAAUCACUUUAUUAGAUGAAUUGAAUCACAGAGGAACGCUACACUACAUGUCCUAUUUUAAGAUAAUGCCUCUACUUGUUGAUACUGCAGGUGCCUCCUUAACCUCAAGCCUCUUCAUUUGGACAGGGGACACUAUAUUUUUGUCUCGUUAUGAUAAAUAGAGCACAUUCUACUGAAUGCUUUAUUUUGUGCUUCUACAAUUCAUAAUGAUUUGGAUUCUUUCAAGAAGAUCACAUUUGGGACACAAUGUAAUAAUGUAGUUAACAGUGAAGGUUAUCCUCAAGAUCAUUGAAGUUAUUGAAAACCAUGAAAAUAACUUAAUAAUAACUCUCUCAUGUAAUAAUUAAGGUCACGUGCAAGAUGUACAAUAACAAGCAUACACUCCUGCACUACUAUCACUGUGAGACAAAGACGUUGAACUUUCAGAUCAUUCUUUAGUUUGAACUUAAAUGGAUUGUAUGAUUUACAAGAUGCUUUAAAGGCAGUUGGCUUACCGUACAUAUCUUUUGGAAGUUGGAGCACAUUUAAAGAACACCCGCACCACAUCAUUAGUGAAGGGAAAGGUUUGUUAUUGAAUAUUAUGUUGGCAUGUGAUUUGAACUGGAUAUUUUCCUGGAGUGUUUGUGUUUUGAAGAGCCAGUUGUAAUAUAUCGUUAUUCUUCUCAGAGGACACUUCAUUUCUUUCACGGACUAAUUCAACGUAAUUUAACAUAUGUUUUGGUGAUUUCUUAAUGUGAGACCUACUUGGACGUAUUUGCUCAUUUUCCUUGACUGUGGUGGGGUUGUUAUCCUUUUACUAUUAAGUAGAGGAAACAGACUGUUGUAAUUCCUUUUCAUCAGAAUGUAAAGUAGGUUAAAUGUUUUACUGAAGUCCAGGAAAUAAUAUGAGAACUAGAAACAAUGCCUGUUUUUGAGAUGUGUUAAGUAAUGCUAUCUGUAUAUGUUUAUGUUUAUGUGUUAUGUAUCUGAAAAGCAGUAAGGAAAGAUGUAUUGAACUUGAAACAAACUUGUAUCCUUUCACUCAGACUGAAUGAUGACCGUGAUGCUCUACUUUAACUAGAGUUCUGUGACCUCAAAAAGGAACAUCAAUGUGAUUUAGGCCCAUUUUGGAUCAUUUGAUCUAUUUCACUUCUGUUGCCACCCGAUGUAUCUCUGAAUACUUGUAAGAUCAAGGUAUUUGAAGUUUUCCCUGAGCAAAGCUUGACUUUUUUUUUAAAGAGCAACAUUUAGGAUACUUUCACUUUCUCUUCAGCGCAGAAUUCACUACAUAAAUGUAUCUGGGGUAAAACUAUUUAACACGGAUGUUUUUUUGACACCAGCAAAUAUGAGAGUUAGGUGCAAUUCUACAUGGUUUCAAAUACUGUAUACUAUGGGAUGGAAAAAAUGAUUCAGUCAAUCUAGUGAAUACUGAGCUUUGCUCUAAAGCUCAAUGCUUUGGAAUUGAUCCAGGCAGUGUAUUGUACGUGUGCAUAUGAAUAGAAAUAUAUAUUUAUAUGUUGUGAAAAUAUGUCAGUUGACAUUCUUCUGUUGUAAAGCAUCUGUCCAUGUUGUUCUCGUGUUAUUUUUGGACUUAAUGUAACAUCUGGUCUUGUUCCUGAUUUUACUGUUGUUUCUGUACUCUGUGCUUCACGUUUGGUGAUCUGGAUUUUUUUUUACAAAAAACAAAAAAAUCAAUCAGGUAUCAGUUGGGUACUUUCUAUGGUUUCGUUCCUAAAUUGAAUUACGGUGUUCUAGCUAUACCUUGAAAACGUUAGGUAUUUGGACCAAAUAAUUUACAUGCACUUUGAAAGCUUGCAUUAAUUUCGCUUACAAUAACGAUAUGAGAAUAGGAGUGUGAUAUAUCCAUUUCAUUUGAUGAUGUCCUGAGGAGUUUUUACUGACAUUAUUCAACAGAAAAAUGCAGUGAUUUACAGAGGCUCUUUAUCCAUAUAUCUAAAACUUCAUGACUACCAUUUUGGAUCGUGUUCAUCAUUAUUUGAUCUAAUUAAACCUUGCUACCCAACACAUCCCUGUGCAUACUAGAUAAAGGCCAUUGAAGUUUUCAAUGAGCAAAGCUUGGUUUAAAAAAACAAACAGUUAAAUUGAGGAUUUUCUUAGAGCUCGAUUGAGUCCUUAGCUUUGAAGAUCUGAGUUGUAAGAGUGAUUUACAUUUAAAGGCAAUGUUCCCACGUUAGUGGAGACUGGAUUCGGUCUGCAUGUCGGCUCGAUUGGAAAUGAUCCUUAAAUGUCAACGGUAGUGAUUGAAUCGAGCCCUAAGUUUUAUUUUCAGUGCAGAUCAUACUGUACAAAAGUAUCUGGAGAAAAAACUAGUAAACACAGUUUUUUUUUUUUUUAAGACACCAGCAAAUAUCAGUUAGCCUAACUUAGUUAGGUGCAAAUCCACAUGGGUGCAAAUACUGUACACUAUGAGAUGAAAAUACAUCUUCAAUCAUUCUAGUGAAUACUCAGCUUUCAUCUGUAGCAAAAUGCUUUGGAAUUUAUCCAGGCAGUAUAUGUGUGUAUAUGAAUAUAAAUGUAUAUUCAUAUUUUAUGAAAAUGUGUCUGUUGACAUUCUUCUGUUGUAAAGCAUCUGUCCAUGUUGUUCUCGCGUUACAUUGGGUCUUAAAGUAACAUCUGGUCUUGUUCCUGAUUCUAAUGGUGUUUCUGUACUCUGUGCUUCACGUUUGGUGAUCUGGGUUUUUAAACUAAACAAAUAAAUCAGGUACCAUCA